AUGCACUGGACUACCUUGGCAACCCUUCCGCUUAUCCUGGCCCCGCUCGCUGCUGCUCAAGCACCAUGCUAUGUGCGACCAGAAUGGCGGGAGCUCACACCCGCCCAGCAAACCACCUACUUCAACGCCGUCAAUGCCCUCAAGAGCCGGCCCAUGCUCGGAACCAAGCUGAACUGGCUCGACCCCGGCACGCUCUCGUACGACGACUUUGUGUGGAUUCACUUUAGUACCGUCACCAUGAACGCCCACUCCCAUCCGUCGUUCCUGCCAUGGCAUCGCCUGUUCACGCUCCUCUACGAAAAGGCGCUGCAGAGCACCAAUCCUAAUGGCGGCAUUGUGUUGCCGUACUGGGACUGGACAAUCGACUCGCAGGCCCCGGAGCAGUCCAGCGUCUUUGCCCAGUUCGGAGGCAACGGCGUUGCCCCGAACUACUGCGUGACCAACGGCGCAUUUGCGGGCUGGCAAACCAACCCGUCCGGCAACUGGGCAGUUGCCAAGACGAGCAUUCGUGGCUCCGCUGCCAUCACCCCCGUCGACUGUCUGUCCCGCAACUUUUUGUCCGGCGCGACGCUGUACUCGGUCGAGACGACGGCGCAGAUCAUCAACGGCGGCGCCAAUGCCACGGACUUUUAUGGCUUUGCCAGCCCUCUGGAAAUGGGCCCGCAUGCCUCCGUGCACAACUUUGUCGGCGGCCAGCUGGGCGACAUGACGCAGUUCUAUUCGACCAACGACCCGCUAUUCUUCAUGCUCCACGGCAUGGUCGACAAGGUCUUCAGCAUGUGGCAGGAUGUCUGUCCGUCUCUGAGACGCAAUCUCUACAACGGCAUCACGAGCGCUGGAGUCGCUGUUUCUCCAAACGAUCUGCUCGAUGUCUACGGUAUCGCCGUCCAUCUCGCCCUCGAUCCGACCAACAUCCUGGGAGCAUGCUACUCGUACUCCAAGAGCAUGGCGGACUCGAACCUGAUCCAAAUGCUUCCGACCAGCGUUUGCCCCGGCGGUCCGGCUUCCUCGGUGACUCAGACAUCGCCUGCGCCCAGCCCAACAGCGGUUGCGUCGCCCCUGCCUGGCUCCGAUAGCUGGAUGCAAAGCGCCAUCCUGCAGCUCAUCAACGUCCCGCCGGGCUCGCACUUCGUUUUCCCCAUCGCCAACGACACCAGCUCGAGCUCCAAGGUUGUGAAGCGUGACGGAGCGGCAGACGAGAGCAAGAUCCAGAAGCACGACAAGUCACCCACGGCAACGAAGAAGAUCUGUGAGGCGCCUCUGCCGACCUACUCGCCUAUGCCCAACAUCACUGUCAUGGCUCCGCCGGCGCAUGAUCGCACAGACAUGGUGCAUAUCCGCCACCCGCUUUCGUUGUCGGACGACUACAUCAAGACCAUGGGCAUGAAUCCUCACAAGGUGCGUGCCCACGAGAUCAAGAUGAAGCAUGUUGUCGACUACUACAACAAUAUCAAGAACUACCUUUCGCCCUCGGCGCUGAUCCACAAGAAGAACCACACCAAGAGUACCAGCGAUAGCCACGCCUCCUCCUAGAUAGAUAAACAGUCGCGAGCCUCCUCCCAGACAGUUCGUGGUAGACCUGGAUUUGAAGUCGGG